AUAAAGAUAAUUCUGAUGCUAUAUACAAGAAACAAUCUAAACUGUGCAGAGGCCCUGUUUGAGCACAAUAACUCCCUAAAUCUGAAUUUCAACACCCAGAAGAAAACAGUCUGGCUUAUUCAUGGGUAUAGACCAAUGGGUUCCACCCCAUCAUGGCUUCGGAAUUUUUUGAGGGUUUUGUUGAAUGAAGAAGAUAUGAAUGUCAUUGUAGUAGACUGGAACCGGGGCGCAACAACAUUUAUUUAUAAUAGAGCAGUCAAAAACACAAGAAAAGUUGCAGAGAACUUGAGCGGACACAUUCAGAAUCUUUUGAAACAUGGAGCAUCGCUGCACAAUUUUCAUUUCAUAGGUGUGAGCUUAGGGGCUCAUAUUAGCGGAUUUGUUGGAAAGAAAUUCCGUGGUCAGCUUGGAAGAAUAACAGGUCUUGACCCUGCUGGGCCAAAAUUUUCUGGAAAACCGCCCUACACGAGGUUGCAUCACACUGAUGCGAAAUUUGUGGACGUCAUCCAUUCUGAUGCUAAUGGUUUAGGCAUUGGAGAGCCCUUGGGACAUGUAGACUUUUAUCCAAAUGGAGGAAGAAAACAACCUGGCUGUCCUAAAUCAAUUCUUUCAGGAAUUGAUUAUAUCAAGUGCAACCACCAAAGAGCGGUAUACCUGUUUAUGGCAGCUUUGGAAUCAAACUGCAAUUUUGUCUCCUUUCCUUGUCAAUCAUAUCAAGAUUUUAAAACCAGUUUAUGUGUGGAUUGUGACAAAUUUAAGAAAACAUCAUGCCCGAUUCUAGGUUAUCAAAUGCAGCCAUGGAAAGAUAUUUUCGAAGAAAGAAUGAAUAGAUGGCCUAACAGGAGCACUGUGUAUUUGGACACUAGUGGCACAAAUCCAUUCUGUACCUAUUAUUUUGUUCUUAGCAUAGUUUCUCUGGAUAACACUAUGAAUGCUGGUAAUCUCUCCCUUAAAUUGUUAAACCAUCUUGGAGUGGCUGAAGAGUCAAAGCUCUAUGAGAAAAGCCAACCAUUUCAUGAAUUUCAAGAAGUCAAGAUUCUUGUGCAAUUUUUCAGAGAUGUUGUAAAUAUCUCCAGCAUUGUUCUGACUUAUUUCCAGAAUUCAGAAUUACAAUGUUCCUCAUGCAAAUACAGGAUUUGGAGUCUCAUGUUAAAAUCACUGACAUAUCCAGAACGGUAA